AUGAGUAGGCUUUCAUUCAGACCUCGCCCUCUUGAUAUUCACAAGAAGCUCCCCAUUGUCAAGUCUGUUAAGGACUUCGAAGACGAUGACACCCCAACUUCUACUCGCAAUUCUCAGCUUCUGCGUCUCGCCGCCGAUGCCGCCAUUGAAACUGAGGUGCCCCAAACCCCCACCAACAAGAAACUCGCUCCUGAAAUACCAACUCCUCAGUUUGUUAUUGUUGACACUUAUGAGCGCGACUAUUCUCGCACUUUUGCCCAACCCAAUCCUCGGGCCGAGCUCGGAGAGUUUGUGGAGUAUGACCUAGACAAUGAGGAUGAGGACUGGCUCUACGAGUUCAACAAAGAAAAGAAUAUUCUUGCUCCUGACAACUUGAAUUUGCCGCGUACCCCUUUCCAAAAGAAACUGUCUUAUGUUUUUAAUCUAUUUUCUCCAACUUCUGUUGAUGGUAAGCUGAUCAUCCAGGCUCGAGAAAGAGCAGGAGUUAUAACUCCUACACUUGCUUCACCAAUCCCUGUACUUCUACAACAUGAUGUUGCUAGUGAGGCUCUCCAACCUCAGUCCCUCAGAUAUGCUGUUAUCCAAUCUAUAUAUAAUUAUUGGAAAGAGAAGCGUGAACGAUGGCAGAAGCCUAUUUUGCGGCGUUUGCAGCCUCCUCCGCCGGUUAAUGACACCAACCCAUACAAUGUCUUUAGGCCAAGGGAGAAAACCCACAGACUGCACACAAGAAGGAUGCAAAGAAGGGAAAACAAUGUGCAGUCAUUUGAAAAGCUUCGUCAGGUCAGACGCAACCUGGACCAAGCCAAGACCAUACUGGAGGCUUUAAUCAAGAGAGAAGAGAAAAAGAGGGAAGUCAUGGAGAUUGAAGUUAGUCUUCAAAUAAUCCAAAUGAAGUACAAGCAUGAAACUGAGCUCCUGGAAGAUAGCUUGGCCCUUCCUGGAUUUCCACCUGUAUCGUGCAAAUUUGGUUCAAGUGAGGAUGAAUUUGUUGAUUCGGAUGAUGUUGCAAACAGUCGGCCCCGCACGAGACCUUCUGCAAUACAGAAUCCGCCUUUAACUGACUCCAAUAUGGUUAUGGUUCCUACGGGAACCAUGAAGCAAGAGUUUAGGCGGCGGCAUGCGCCACAAGGGUGGCUUCAUAAAAUGGAUCCCCUUGAACCAGUUUUGUUAUUUACAAGACCUCUAGUUCCAGAGAAGUUGGCAGCUGCAGGCAUUGUUCCACCAUCAGAUUCUUCAACGCAAAGUGGAGUACCAACCCCACCUUAUAAAUUUCGAGGAAGAAUUGGCAGAGGAGGCCGAUUGGUAUUUGAUAGAUGGAACCCCUUAAUGCAUACUCCAAUCGACUGUGGGAAUUCUUUUUAUAUACCACCUAAACCUCGACCUACAACAUACAAUUGA